UCCGCAGCUGCAACUUCGUUGAGAGCCUUUGAGCCCAGGCGCAGCCGGGGAUCGAGCUGCCGUMACCGCGGAGCCGCGGCUUCCCCGGCCCCGGCCUCAGCCCAAUCGACUUGGCCAUGGCAGCUGCCGCCACUGCGGCGAAUCUGGCCCCUGUGCUCCCUGCCCGUCGCUGAGCAGCCGUUAAGCCGCCAGCCCACCCUACAGCCGGAGCCGCCGCGGCCCAGGUUCGGCACAAGUUUCCGCCCCUGAAGAAGCAGGAGGCGAAAGCUGGAGAGGACGGACGCAGGGUGUAGGAAGCCCCUGGCCCACACGCCCGCGAUGUGGGGCCGUUUCCUGGCCCCCGAAGCCAGCGGCCAGGACAGCCCUGGCGGGGCCCGUAGCUUCCCGGCCGGCCCAGAUUAUUAUUCAUCAGCAUGGUUACCUGGUAAUGAAUCAUUGUGGCAGGCCACAACUGUUCCAUCUAACCAUCGAAAUAACCAUAUCAGGAGACACAGUAUAGCUUCUGACAGUGGAGACACUGGCAUUGGAACUUCCUGUUCUGACAGUGUGGAAGAUCAUUCAACUUCAAGUGGCCCGUUAUCUUUUAAGCCUAGUCGAUCACUGGUUACUCUUCCCACUGCCCAUGUGAUGCCGUCUAACUCCAGCGCUUCAAUUUCCAAACAUAGGGAAUCAUUAACAUCAGAUGGCUCAAAAUGGAGUACAAGCUUCAUACAAACUUUGGGAGACCACAGUACGGGGGAGCAGGACUCUUCACURGACAUGAAGGACUUCCGGCCUCUUCGGAAAUGGUCAUCUUUAUCCAGACUCACUGCCCCAGAAAACUGCAGCCAAGGUAGCACUGUACACAAGGAAGAAUUGAGGAAUGGUUUGGAAAAGACAGGGAGAGGCAAGACUUUAACAUCACAAUUAAGGACUAUUGGGCCUAGUUGCUUACAUGACAGUAUGGAGAUGCUUAAGCUAGAGGACAAGGAAAUAAAUAAAAAACGGUCAUCAACUUUGGAUUGCAAGUAUAAAUUUGAGAGUUGUAGCAAAGAUAACUUCAGAGCCUCUUCCUCUGCUCUUAAGAGACAGACCUUAGAUAUGACAUACAGUGCCUUACCUGAGAGCAAGCCCAUUAUGACAAGCUCAGAGGCUUUUGAAUCUCCAAAAUAUUUAAUGCUUGGUCAGCAGGCAGCAAGUGGAGUUCCCAUUCAGCCUUCUGUGAGGACUCAGAUGUGGCUUACAGAGCAGUUAAGGACAAACCCUUUGGAAGGUAGAACUACGGAGGACUCUUAUAAUUUAGCUCCUUGGCAACAACAGCAAAUUGAAGAAUUUCGACAAGGAAGUGAAACACCAAUGCAGGUUUUGACUGGAUCAUCUCGUCAAAGCUAUUCACCUUCUGGCUUUCAGGAUUUCAGUAAGUGGGAAUCCGUGCUGAAAAUAAAAGAAGGACUUCUAAGACAGAAAGAGAUUGUAAUUGAUCGGCAAAAGCAACAAAUCACCCACCUACAUGAGAAGAUAAGGGAUAAUGAACUACGGGCACAACAUGCCAUGUUAGGGCAUUAUGUAAAUUAUGAAGAUUCUUAUGUGGCUAGUUUGCAGCCACAAUAUGAGAACACUUCACUCCAGACUCCAUUUUCAGAGCAGUCAGUGUUGCAUCCCCAGCAAGAGGAACUUGAGCAGAAACUUGCAUCUACUGAAAAAGAGGUUUCACAGCUCAAUGAAUUUCUCAAGCAAAGAAUAAACCAAUUCAGUGAAGAGAAGAAGAAACUGGAGGAAAAGCUUAAAACCAGAGAUAGAUAUAUCAAUAGCCUGAAAAAGAAAUGCCAGAAGGAAUCUGAACAAAACAAAGAAAAGCAGAGAAGAAUUGAGACCUUGGAAAAGUAUCUGGCUGAUCUUCCAACUCUAGAUGAUGUACAAAGUCAGAGUUUACAGCUUCAGGUCCUAGAAGAAAAAAAUAAGAAUUUACAAGAGACUUUGCUAGAUGCAGAAAAAAAGCUCGAGGAGAUCAAAAAACAAUGUCAAGAAAAAGAAGCCCAGUUAAUUUGCCAGAAAAAGAAAGAAAAGGAGUUAGUAUCUUCCGUUCAGAGUUUGCAACAAAAAGUAGAAAGAUGUCUUGAAGAUGGAAUCCGCCUUCCCAUGUUGGAUGCAAAACAGCUUCAGAAUGAAAAUGAUAAUCUGAGGGAACAGAAUGAGGCUGCUUGUAAGAUAAUAGACAACCAACAAGAUGAAAUUAACAGAAUGAUUCUAGAAAUUCAGUCAAUGCAGGGCAAACUUUCUAAAGAAAAAUUAAACACACAAAAGAUGAUGGAAGAACUGGAGAGGAAAGAGAGAAACCUGCAAAGAUUAACAAAAGCACUGCUUGAACCAUUGCAGAACCAAAGACAAACAGAAGAGACAUCCUCUUUAUUGGAUCAGGGCGAGGAAGCAGACCAAUCUAGGCAGCAGACAGUUCUUUCUAAACGGCCACUAUUUGAUUUGACUGUGAUUGAUCAGCUGUUCAAAGAAAUGUCCUAUUGUUUGCUUGACUUGAAAGCAUUGUGCAGUAUUCUUAAUCAGCGAGCUCAGGGCAAGGAGCCUAAUCUUUCAUUAUUACUGGGAAUUAGAUCAAUGAAUUGUUCAGCUGAAGAGACUGAAAGUGACCACAGCUCAGAAACACUUGCUAAAAGACUGUCAGAUGUGUGCCAGUUACGAAGAGACAUUGAUGAAUUAAGAACUACAAUAUCAGACCGCUAUGCUCAGGACAUGGGAGAUAACUGCAUAACCCAGUGAUCAAGUGUUGGUCCCACAGCAAUAAUGACCCAUUGUUAAAUGCUGCUGAGUUACAGUUCUUCAUAUUUCUUUUUAAGAGUUACAAUGGAAAAUUGCAAGUGACAUACCACUUGCACAUAGGUUGUCUGUGUGUGGGUGUGUGUGUGUUGAUUUGUUUAAUUGAGGGAAAAUAGGAAUGUGAGGAGAUUUUUAAGGGGCUUAUYUAAUCAGGCAAAAUAAUUAUCAUUUGAAAAAUGUGAUAAAGUCAACAAGAAAAAGCAAAUUUCCAAACUACUGAUUAUAGGACCAAUUUGUGAAUAGUGCCCUUCAGAUAAAGGGACAGGAUUUUGUUUACUUCUGUAGGUUUUAUGUGUUUGCAUAUGCAUAUGUGUUUGAGGUUUGUGUGUGUGUAAGUGCUUUUAAGUUCACAUAAUUAUAAGGAUUUCAAGCAUCAAAUCAAACCUUCUAAGAAAGGCACACACUGUUUAUUCUUAUAUUUUUUUCAUAUGGAAACUUGUGUUGUAUUUUGAUAUUUUCAGGGGCUAGCUGAAUAAGAGUUCCAACAGUAGGCAAGUGUUUAAUAGAAGUGCAGCAGGCAAAACCAUUUGUGAUUUAAAUAAUCACUGAACUGAGAUGAUGAGGUUCUGGAGUUGGGAUAGGUCAGCUUUUUCUCCAGAGUGAUUGUAAGAGUGUGAAGUACUGAUGAGAUAAUCUUUUUCAUCAGCACUAUAAUUUAUACAUUACAAGAAAGUUUAACAUAAGUUGAAAUUAUUUUAUCCUAUCUCUUACCACUUACGGUUUUUUGUUUAUAUAUGGCAGUAUAAACAAAGCCAUAUAUAAUUAAUGCAAACAAGGCCUCAGAUCAUUGUUAAGCAAAGAUUGUCAGACUGACUCUGGAAAGAUAGUUCAUUUAUCAAAGUCUCAGCAUUUACAUUUUAACAGUUUUGUACCUGUUUUAAUUUUGCAACUACAUUAAGAGAAAGCCAGCUCUUUAUCUGAACUAACACUAACAUAAAACAAAAUCUAAACCUAGAUGAUAAUUUUAUUUCCUUUUAUUAGAUAUAUUUCAUUAAUAACAGGGAUUGUUAUAGAAUAUGAACUUGGCUUGGUUAGUUAUUCAUCUGGAGGACAGGGUAUUAGUAUGAAAUAAACUGAUUUUUAAUAGACAUGCAACAUGUAAGCUUCUAAAUGAAUGUUAUCUGUGUUUUAGUUCUUCAGAGCAUUGAUCAUAUUCUUUUGAAUAUACUUAGUUAUGGUAAACUAUUGUCCCCUAUAAAUUGGUUUGAUUUUUCAAUAUUGUCAGGGUUUACUUAGGCAAGACUAAAGAAGUGGGGAAUACGAUGUAUAGAUCAGUCAGGAUCAUAUUGUUUGUUUGAGAGCAGAUCAUAUGCCUGUUUUCUUGCCAAGCAUAUGUAUACAAAGGCUGCUCCUAGAAAAUAUUUUUUUUCUGUUCUCAACAGAGAAAGCAUAAUAGAGCAAGGCAUUCAAGGAGACACCCAGGAAAACUCUAUUUAGAAUGUUGGCUUAUUUACAGCUCUCACUAAACUGUUACAUGAUUCUAGUUCAACACUUCACUAUAAUACACUGUAAGACAUCACAUCUCCCUUUCUUUCAGUGCCUGAGUCCAUGCUGCUCCUCUUUAUAGGAUUUGGCCACUAAGAAAUCAGUGCAUUAUAGUGAUUCUGCAUCCUAAGGUCCCUGACCUCAGAAAGGACUUAGUCACUAUAAAAACUUGGUUUCCUAAUGUAUUCAUCUGGUUUUUAGUGUUAGUUCUUCGAAGACAAUCAAAAAGUAGUAAAUUUGUACCAAAAAAAAAAAAUGGAUGCAAAGUAUUCUGCCUUACAAGGAUUAAUAUCUGUGAAGAUGUCCCUUUACAGAAAAGUGGAUCAUAAUAUCUGCCACAGUUCAGCCACAAUUGCACCCAAUAACAUUUUCACAUUCUCUUUGAAUAGAAUUCACACCUUCCUACCA